GCGGAAAGAGAGAGAAGGGAGAGAGGUGUUCUUUUUGAAAGUGUGAGGAAGGGCAAGAGGAGUUUUCGUCCAAACGUGAAGAGAGAGCGGACCCCUCUUGAGAGAUCUACUAUCACCCCUUCCUCCAGCAUGGCAAACAUCUCAUCUGCCCAGUGGCAGGCCAUGCUGGACGCAGCGGACGAGAACGAGAAACCGUUCUUUCAAAAACUUUAUGACGAUGCCGUACAGAGGGAAAGGGAGGUAAAGGCAGCAGCCAGAGCCACAAGCAUUGCUGAACAGGUGGCCCUCCUUGCGGUUCCGGAAUCGAGUGAUGACCGGUUCCGAGAGAAGAUAGCUGUUGCCGUAGCAGCCUUGGUUCAGCGGACCCUGGAAGACCUUGAGUCCCGUGUGACAGCCCUGGAGCAGCGAAAUCAAGAGCUGCAGGCUGAGAUAGUCAGCCUCAAGCAGUCCCAACUGUAUGCCCCCCGUCCUCCUAACCCUCGACCUGUUGCAGUCCCAGUCUCUCAACCUAACAGUCCUCAUGACAAGAGCAAGCGGAACUGUGACGAGCACAGGAACCGGUGCCAUCUCCUCAAGCGGCAGCGCCGGCAGUUCCGCACUGGUCAUAGUCCCAAAUGCAUGAACAUCAGCCCAAAAUGCCGCAGUUCUUACUGGCGUACAGUACAGCGGUCCCGUAGUGGACAAGCGGGCGGCCACUCUAUCGCCAAGUACGACGGGAAAGGGGACAUCACCUCUUGGAUUAGCUCCAUGCGCUCAUACUUCGAGGUACUGCGAACACCGCAGGAAGACCGAAGCAUGAUCAUGGGCACAAAUAUUGAGCCCGUCGUACGGAAUUUAAUAGAACUCCAAGCUGUUUCAGCAGGUUAUGAGAGGAUUGACCUGACUGAGUGGCUGAAAGUAACUCCUGUACGCACUCUUGAGGACCUCCUCAUCACGUGGUUUCAAGAUAAGCACGUUGCGCUCAAGGCAAGGUUGACGCUUGAGGCCCUCAAGGGCCAAACGUGGAGGACCUCCAUGCAGGCUUUGGAACAGCACUUGACUGGUUUUUUCACCACUCCAAACCUGGGAAUGACCGACGUGUCUUCCAUGGAUGUAGUCGUGGGAGUGGCCCCUAAAGAAUACCUCUCCCUGCUAGGACUCAAAGACCAUACCACUUGGCGAGAGCUACCAACGGAUCUAGUCAACCUAGAGGCCAAGGACCUCACCAGGCAUAUAAAGGCACCCGCUGCACGUAGAAAAUCACAACGCAAGCGGUAUGGAAGCAACAACCAGCUUGCCCUGCAUGAACAUCGGGAGGCUGAAGAUCAGUCCUACACGGAUGAUUUGUCUCUAGAUGACGAUCUAGAGCCGGACUUCGGUACGGGCUGUUCUACAUCAGCCAUUGAGUCUGACGUGAAUGAAGAAGAAAAAUUUAAUGCAUUCAAAAAGACUGCUUCAAGUAAGGGGCCUAACCGUGGUUCGGGUAGGGAACUAUAGCACACCUCCCCAAGAAUGCGAAGAUCCCUGAGAAAACGGAGGACGCUUCUACCAAGCCUUGGGAAACCCUCCGCAUCAGUCAAAAGGAAUGGGAAAGAAAAUCCAAACUUCGCGUGUGCUUGCAUUGUCAAAAGCUUGGGCAUGCUGUGCAGGAUUGUUAUCGUGUGCAGGGAAACAGACAAAGGGCGUAGAGGAGUCAUCAGCACUCUCUACAGCAAUGGAAGUUGAACAGUCAGCUGCAGGCCCUUCCAAGGAGCCUGAACCUGAUCAACAGCUUGCUCUUGAAGCCCGAACUACUGCUGAAUCCAAGGCUGGUGCAGUCCAAGUACUUUACACUGAGCCUUGGGAAGAGACUAAGGAAGUUGACUUUCACUCUCACCUGGAACAUUGGUUGCAGCUCAAGCAGCAAUGCCGUGUUUAAGGGAGUGUGGAGCUAACCUUCUUUAAGUUACUCAUUAACCGCCGAUCCAUCCGUGUGCUGUUUGAUAAUGGCUCAACGACUAACUUCUUUUCUCCUAACGGGAUUCGUAAGGCGGGCCUGGGAAUGAAGCAAGUGGACUUGC